GGAGACAGAUCACGUGAUCACCCGCCGCACUGGGCGCCUGUCCCACGUGACCCACCCUGCCUCCGCUCGGUGCAUUGUGGGCUUUGGUGUGUCCUUGCGGGAAGCCGAGGCGACAUGAGCGGCCUGGGGAUGCGCGGCCUGCGGGCCUUCCAGCAGCUUUCACAACGAACCUUCAGCACUGCAACCCGCAGAGGGGUGGAGAAUAGGGUCCCUGAGAAGCAGAAAAUUUUUCAGGCAGACAAUGGGAUACCAGUUUACUUGAAAGGAGGGGUUGGAGAUGCUGUGCUCUACAGGCUAACCAUGGCACUCACUGUUGGGGGUACAGUUUAUGUUCUCUACCAACUGUUCGAUGCUGCCCUGCCUCGUAAGAAGUAACAUUUGUUCACAACCAUGUCUGUAACUCCAUUUUAUUACACAACCCUGUCUAACUAAAUUGUAACUCUUCAGGGAUCUGAUCUUGUGAAUGGCUGUUCAUGGCUUAUGGGAACAGUAACUUAUUUAACAAGGAUUAUGUAAUGAGAAAUAAAGUGAUUAAUCACA